AUGGCGGCUGCGAGUCUGCUGACGCCGUCCGCGUCGAUGGUCUCGAUGGCCUCCGAGACGUCCGAGUCGACGAAGGAGAAGCCGCCGCUAUUCCGAGAGCUCGCUGCUGCGGCGCAGACGGGUGCGUCCAAUUUCAUCCUCGCCUACAACGUUCGCGCCGGCAUCGCCGUGCUGGUGCGCAUCGUGCUGCUCUUGCAAAAGAGACAGUUUAAAGCCAUCGCCAACCUCAAGGUGCUACUGAGCGAGAAACACCUCAGCUUUCGGGUCGAGGCCGUCUCGAUGGGGCUCUUCAUCGGCUGGUUUACCGGCGGCUACCAAGCGCUCAAGGCAAUUAUUCGGCGUUUGCGCCACGGCAAAGAAGACUCGGAGGCUCUCGGCGAAGAUCCCAUGACGACGGCGCUGGCGGGGACGCUGGCAGGCUCGGCUGUCGUGUUUGUCGAGCCAGAGCGUCGUCGGUCGCUGGCGCUCUAUGCACUUGCGCGAGCACUUCAGUGCCUCUACAACAGCGCCAAGUCCCGCGACGUGUGGCACUUUUGGGGCAGCAAGUGGGCCCACGGUGACUCAUUGCUCUUCGGUCUCACGUCCGCCCAGGUCAUGUACACGUUUAUCAUGCGGCCAUCUAUCUUGCCAAAAGAGUACUCGAGCUUCAUUCAGCGCACGGGCCCUGUCGGCUACAAGGUCCUCAACUUUGUGCAGCGCAACACGAGCGGCCUGCCCGUUGAGCCAGCCGAGAUUUCGCGCUUUCUCUCCGACAAGGGCUCGCCGUACGUCUAUACGAGCACGACCAAUCUCCCCAAUUGCAUUCCGUGUGGUCUCAUCCACCACCCAACGACGUCGUGCUCCUACGGCUUUCUCCUCACGCUCAUCAAGGCGAUGCGCAGCACCUUGCCGCUUUAUAUGUCGCUCAACAUCGUGCCGCAGGUCGUGCUGCAGUUCCGGCGCUUCCUUAGAACACCGCUCUACUCGCUCUUCCAAGGCGUCGUCGGUGGGUUCCGCUCCACGCUCUUCAUGGGCUCGUUCGUCGCCGUGUACCAGGCCGCGAUAUGCGUAUUUCGUGGUCUCUUGAAGCGCGAUCAUAAAGCAGUUUACUUUGCCGCCGGACUCGUAUCGUCGUUUGCCAUCUUCAUCGAAGCCAAGAGCCGGCGAUCGGAGCUGGCGCUGUACGUGCUGCCGCGGGCUGUGGACUCUCUCUUCAUUAUGCUUCGUGACACCCGCUGGCUCGCCGAUGUACCGUACGGCGAGGUCAUGCUCUUUGGUCUGUCCAUGGGCGCCAUCAUGUUCUGCUUCGAGCACGAGCGCCAAAACCUGAGCCCGAUGGUGCGCAGCCUCCUCGACAGAUUUCUCGCCGCGAGCAAGCAGUGACCAAGGUACGGAGUAGCUCAACAAAGAAUGCAUAUUCACUCGCGUAGUGUAUUACAAAAUGCUACACCUACG